AUGUAUGUAGUAACUUAUCAGUUCUAUGACUAAUGGGAGAUACUCGAUCAUCAUUCAGUCAUGAUAACACGGCAUGCUUUAUAAUUUACAUCAGCUCAGGUAAGUAAGAGUUACUAGCUGAUACGAAAUGAAUGCGACAAGAUGAUAUCAUCAUUGCUUACCAUUAUUAGUCAAUACGUGAUUAUCAUUUAUUGAUUUCGCAUACACGGAAUUUGCCAUUCAUCACAAGCUCACAUAUUUGGCAAUGCCAAUGACACCUUAUUUUCAAUUUUAACUGCCUGUACCGUGAGGAUUAGAUAGAUAGGUACAUAAAAAUGGAAAUUUUACUGAAAAAACUUUUACCCAAUAAAAUUAUACCUUAUUACGUUUUAAUCGUACCUCUAUUAAUUGGCACCCACCCCACCUCAGUAUCUGCCAUAACUAGACAACAAGUAACAUUUUAUUCAGAACCUAACAAAGGUGGGACGGAGCACAUUAUUACAGAAUCUACGACAAAUAUUCCCCCUCAAAUUGCAAACUCUCAAUCAUUCUGUGUCAAUUUUGGAUUGUGGAAAGUCACCUUCGACAUUUCAUCCCCCACCACGCCCAGCAGCGUGACCCAUUACGGCGGCACACUGGGGACGGAGUUUUGUCGAAAUAGAAGUCCAGGGGAUAACCUCUGGACAUUUUCGGGAUGGGAGCUCGUGGGCGAGGGUGACCUCGAGCAAUCGUCCCUGACCCUGUUCGAUAAGGGGAAUUACAUGGGAGAACCACAAUUUGUGGACGUGUCGCAGGACGAGGCCUCCUUUCCGACAGCGUUAUCGGUCAACUCCUACUUCCUGACGGGAACUUCGAAUUGGGCCGUUUGGAAUGAAACCAACUACGAAGGGACCGUGACCUGUUGGCCGACCGUGACCCGGGGGUCGUACGGAGCGAAGGGGGUCCAACUACUAAAUCCGACGGCACGAGUGGGGUCGGUGCGACGCGGGUGCGACGGAGAUACUUCGACGACGACGAGAUCUCCGGGUGGCGAGACGGGGUCGGCUGGGAGGAAUUUUAUGGGGUGGAAAAGUUUUAUUAAAUUGGGUAUUAUUUUGUGGGGAUGUAUGCUGCUUAAAAGUGGGGUUAUUUAAGCGUGGUGGUAUUUACAGAUGAGACGUUGAAGUUGAAUGAUAUUAUUUAUAAAUACUUGUGAAUACUUUAUUAGUCUGAAUUUUUUGCAAAUAAAAAAAAUUUCCAUUAUGUAA